AUGGGAAAACGCAAGACAAAGGCCGCUCCAGUUAAAAAGGUGAAACAGAAGCUCGACACACAGUUUUCGUGUCUGUUUUGCAACCACGAAAAGUCGGUAAAUUGUACUAUGGAUAAGAAAAUCAACAUUGGCUCAUUAUCAUGCAAAGUCUGUGGCCAGUCAUUCCAGACGCCAAUAAACUCACUCUCGCAGCCGAUUGACAUCUACUCGGACUGGGUGGACGCAUGUGAGGCGGUUGCCGAGCAGGAAGCUGGCGAUCAGAAGCAGGAGGAUGAAUACGACUAA